CGCCUGAGAGACGAUCAGCAGCCUCUCGACGCGGGCAGUCCGGGUGACCCUGCGGGGGUCCGCGCGUGCGCAGAGAGCGUCCCAGGAGUGUUCCGGCCGCCGCGGCGCCCGCGCACGCUCCUGCCGAGCUGAAGUCCGCGGUGGGCUACGGCGCGCGGACGACGCGGCGGCGCGCGCCAGGGGGCGGUCCUGCGGUGCCGGUCCUGCGCUGCCGGCACCGCCCUCCCUCCUCUCGCUCUUCUCCUCCCAGUCUCCCCCGCGCUUCCUGCACUAAGGGUUGUCGACGCCGCCGCGGCCCCAUUCCCGGCUAGCUCGCACUGGCGGUUCAUGGCGGCCUUCAGCAAGUACUUGACGGCGCGAAACUCCACGCUGGCCGGGGCCGCGCUUCUGUUGCUCUGCCUGCUCCACAAGAGGCGCCGCGCCCUCGGCCUGCACGGUAAGAAAAAUGGGAAACCACCAUUGCAGAACAAUGAGAAAGAGGGGAAAAAAGAGCGAGCUGUGGUGGACAAGGUGUUUUUUUUAAGACUCACACGGAUUCUGAAAAUCAUGGUUCCUAGAACAUUUUGUAAGGAGACAGGUUAUUUGGUACUUAUUGCUGUUAUGCUGGUGUCUCGAACAUAUUGUGAUGUUUGGAUGAUUCAAAAUGGGACACUCAUUGAAAGUGGUAUCAUUGGUCGUAGCAGGAAAGAUUUCAAGAGAUACUUAUUCAACUUCAUCGCUGCCAUGCCUCUCAUCUCUGUAGUUAAUAACUUCUUGAAGUUUGGGUUAAAUGAGCUCAAACUGUGCUUCCGAGUAAGACUGACUAAAUUCCUCUAUGAGGAGUAUCUCCAAGCUUUCACUUAUUAUAAAAUGGGAAAUCUGGACAACAGAAUAGCCAACCCAGACCAGCUGCUUACACAAGAUGUAGAAAAGUUUUGUAACAGUGUCGUUGACCUGUAUUCAAAUCUUAGUAAGCCAUUUUUAGACAUAGUUUUGUAUAUCUUCAAGUUAACAAGUGCAAUAGGAGCUCAGGGUCCAACAAGUAUGAUGGCCUACUUGAUUGUUUCUGGGCUACUCCUAACUCGACUUAGAAGACCCAUUGGUAAGAUGACAAUAACUGAGCAAAAGUAUGAGGGAGAGUAUAGGUUCGUUAAUUCCCGGCUCAUCACAAACAGUGAAGAAGUUGCCUUUUACAAUGGAAAUAAGAGAGAAAAGCAGACUAUCCACUCAGUCUUCCAAAAACUGGUGGAGCAUCUCCAUAAUUUUAUUUUGUUUCGGUUUUCUAUGGGCUUCAUUGAUAGCAUAGUUGCCAAAUAUCUUGCCACUGUUGUUGGUUACCUAGUUGUAAGUCGUCCUUUCCUAGAUUUGUCUCAUCCUCGACAUCUCAAGAGUACACAUUCAGAACUUCUAGAGGAUUACUACCAAAGUGGAAGAAUGCUUUUGCGAAUGUCUCAAGCUCUGGGUCGGAUAGUUUUGGCUGGCCGUGAAAUGACUAGAUUGGCUGGUUUUACUGCUCGGAUUACAGAAUUAAUGCAAGUACUAAAGGAUUUAAAUGAAGGCAAAUAUGAGCGCACAAUGGUCUCUCAACAAGAAAGGGGUGUUGAAGAAGGAGCACAAGUCAUUCCCUUGAUACCUGGUGCUGGAGAAAUCAUCAAUGCUGAUAACAUUAUAAAAUUUGAUCAUGUUCCUUUAGCAACGCCAAAUGGAGAUAUUUUGAUCCGAGACCUUAAUUUUGAAGUUCGAUCUGGGGCCAACGUUUUAAUUUGUGGUCCAAAUGGCUGUGGGAAGAGUUCACUUUUCCGUGUUCUUGGUGAAUUAUGGCCUCUUUUUGGAGGACGUUUAACUAAACCUGAGAGAGGAAAGUUAUUUUAUGUUCCUCAGAGACCUUAUAUGACCCUUGGAACACUUCGAGACCAAGUGAUAUAUCCAGAUGGAAGAGACGAUCAGAAAAGGAAGGGGAUAUCUGAUCUAGUACUAAAGGAAUACUUAGAUAAUGUCCAGUUGGGUCAUAUCCUUGAACGUGAAGGAGGCUGGGACAGUGUUCAGGAUUGGAUGGAUGUCCUCAGUGGUGGAGAGAAACAAAGAAUGGCGAUGGCAAGAUUAUUUUAUCACAAACCCCAGUUUGCCAUUCUGGAUGAAUGCACAAGCGCAGUUAGUGUGGAUGUGGAAGGCUACAUUUACAGUCACUGUCGGAAGGUCGGCAUCACCCUCUUCACUGUGUCACAUAGAAAGUCUCUUUGGAAGCACCAUGAGGACUGACCUCCUGAACUCAAGAAACUAUUAGAAGCGUCUGCCUCGUUUUACCUUUUAAAAACUAACUUAACCGCUGGAACACAAAAAGGAACAUUUGAGGAAGACACCUUAGCAGUUGAAUCAAAAAGUGCCUCAGCCUCAUCAUAAUGUUAAUAUAUUUCCUCUGAAUAUUCAUUCCAAGCCCUUCUCAAAGGAGCCUGCCUUCUUGUGUUCAGGGAGUCACUGCUUUGGAAAUUACUUCCUGUGAUCUCCUUUGUACAAAUAGGGUGACCUUGUGAGGCAACUCCAUCUGAUGCAUUCUCUGUCUAUAGCUCACCAGGGAGCCAUCCGACUUUGGUCCAGUAACAAAUUUGGCGACCCAGAGGGGACUCGUGUUCUUCGGAGGUUCCAUCCUCUAGUUCCCUCCUUUCCAAUGGGUAGAGCAGUGGGGUGAGGUGAGGAUUCCUCGGGGGGAGAUGCAGUUUAACAGUAACAGCUUCAGGUGCAUGUUUUUCAAGUGGGGCCUGUUCCCAUAGUCCCUACUGUCUGACCUGUGUUGCUGGAUUGGCAUCGUUGCCCCUUUGGGACACCCAGCAGCUGCACUGAGCCUUUUGUUCGGAGGAUCCAUUCAUGGAGGUGGUUGGUGCUGAGCCCACAGCAUGACCAUAAGAGUUACUCUUUGAGUUGUCUCACAAAAUCUGGGAAAUUUGGCCGGGUGCGGGGGGAGGAGAAGCUCGCUUAGUAAAGCCUAACUCUUUCAAGUCAAGCUGGAGGACUGAAUGGUCCUUCAAACCCAGCCUAAACAUCCCAAGGUGCAGGAUUACAGCACCAGGCCAUUUAGGGACUCAGAAGCUGCAGCCUAGCAAAGCAGGAACAAUCUUUUGAGGGCUUAAUUGAAUGGAGCCUCGGUACCUGGUUGUUUGGUCUAUUUGUCAGGGAGACAUGACAUUGUUGUGUUGUUUAAAAACCCAUCAGCCAGGGCUCCUGGGUAGCACAGUCGUUAAGCAUCUGCCUUCAGCUCAGGGCGUGAUCCCGGCGUUCUGGGAUUGAACCCCACAUCAGGCUCCUCUGCUGGGAGCCUGCUUUUUCCUCUCCCACUCCCCCUGCUUGUGUUUCCUCUCUCGCCGGCUGUCUCUCUCUGUCAAAUAAAUAAAUAAAAAAUCUUAAAAAAAACAAAAAAAACCCAUCAGCCUUCCCAGAAAGGCUGUGGGAUUGUCUGAAAAGGCAUACAAAUUGGGAUCCUGAGGCCCAUGGUAGUCAGGUGGUCCUUAAUACCUAUUUCAUAUCUCAGAGCACUCCAGAUAUCUGCAGAAAACUUCAAAAAUGGGCAGUAGGUCCCAACAUUAACUCUGCUCAGCUGACAGAGACAGCUUUUAGGGUAUCGAAUCACAGAUGUUACAGAGGAUGAAAAAAGAAGACAAGAAAAUGAAAAGACAAGCUGCUCUUCUGACAGUAGCUCCAGUCCACAGGAGGUAACCCAGGGGAAGAAAGGAAGUCCCCAUGGGUAAGUGCUCCCAGCCCCAAACCUGGGACCAAGAGACCAGAGACAAAAUUGGGUUACAAGCAGUGUGCAUAUUGUAAGCAAGAGGGGAACUAGAAAUCACUUUGCCCAAACUGCCCAGGAAAGGGAAGAGGGGUGGGCAAAACCAAGUCAUUCCAGUUGCCCCUCAUAGAAAACCAGAUCCCCACCUCCCAUGAGGAGCCCCUGUGGUCUUAGUAGAAGAUACAGUUGAAUCUUUCCUUGAGACUGGAGCCACCUUUUUUCUAUGGAACACCCAGAACAGUAACGUUUCCAAUAAAAAUGUAACAUAAGGGAGUCUCAGGAAAAGAAGAGACCAAAAGAUUUCUGGAGACUUUGACCUGUGAAAUGGGCCAAGAUUACUAAAGCACUCCUGUUCAAAACCUGGCCUUCAGCUUCCAUCAGGUUACUUGUCCAGGAUAGGUACAAAUAAUAACUAUAAGGUUUUUGUUUGUGUCUCACUAGGUGGUAUUUACCUCUGGAUGGUAUUGUUAAAAGUAAUUUAUGAAAAAACUUUAUUUGGUUUAAAGGCAAGUGCUUGUAAAAAUUGGGCAUUCUGAAACUCAAAGGUAGAAACUAACCCAAAUGCUUUUCAAGUUCACGUGAUCUGCAAUAAUCUCUUGCAAGUCUGAAUUUGUUGACUAUCUGCAUGUCUUUUGGAAUUAUCAAUGUGAAAUAUAAUACAGAUAAUCAACUUUUAUUUUACCUGAAUUCACGGUGCAUCUGUUGCAAUUUGUCAAUAAAAAUGACUUUAAAUGA